AUGGUCAACGGACACAUGUAUAAGUUGGUGUACUACCUCACAGACGGUAUAUAUCCAAAAUGGUCAACCUUUAUCCAAUCCAUCUCACUCCCUCAGUCACCAAAACAAGAGUUAUUUGCUAAACAUCAAGAAGCAACCCGAAAAGAUGUGGAGCGGGCUUUUGGAGUAUUACAAGCGCGAUUUGCGAUUGUGAGAAACCCGGCUCUUACGUUGGACAAAGCAAAGAUAGGGAAGAUUAUGAGAGCGUGUAUCAUACUACACAACAUGAUAGUCGAAGAUGAACGGGAUGGAUACAUUCAUUAUGAUAUAUCUGAAUUUGAAGAAGGUGACGUCAUGAGAAGUUCACAGGUGGAAACCGAGAUUCCUACAAUUCUCAAUAAUAUUUUUCCCAGUUGGAAUGAUGUUCGAGAUAGGAGAAUACAUGACCAUCUGAAAAAUGAUUUAGUCGAGCAUAUUUGGAACAAAUUUGGUGACGAGGAUUAA